AUGGCCCACGUCACUCAUGGCCGGUGGUGCAUCUUCACAGCCGGGGCCUCCUCGAGGAGACUAUCGGCUCGGUCCAUCACUGCCAGCGGCCCACUCCUCACGCCACGCAGGACUUUCUCCUGCGGGGGUGUCCGGGGGCGAAUGCCUGUGGCGUGGCACGAGGGUGAAGCAUUCUCCGCCGCCAUGACGGACGACGCAGUUGCGCUCUUGAUCGCCCGCGCACGCUGCAACGAGGGAGCCGAGCAACUGCCCGGAAAGCGGCGGACGACGAACCACGCGCCACCCCGCUACGCAGGUUGGCCGUGGUGGAGGGCGCUGGUGGCUCCAUGCGCCCGAACACCGCCGGCGAGAGGACCUUGUAACCCGGCGGAAUACGCAACGCAAUGA